CGUGCCAAGAUCCUUGCGAACAGACUCCCCCUCUUGCCAAACCACAACUUCGUUGAAAUGCACGGUCUCACAACAACCUCCCGGGUCAUGGUGCUCUGCGCACUCCUCCCGGUCUUAUUACGCUCCCACCUCGUCAACGGGCAGGGUAUGCCAGUCCCAGCCAACGCAGAUGUCGCCGCCCAGGAUACUGGAGAAACGGCUGAUACGGCCGCGAAUGAACCAGCGACUUCCCUUCCAGAUCCUCUCGAAGCCACCGAUACCGCUACAGAUGCUCCCGAGGAAGGUACGACGUCGACGGUAGGCGGCUCUGCCCCUACGGCUACCGCUUCCGCUUUAGGGAACGCAUCUGGAGCUGGACAACCACCCACCCCGAAUUACGAGAGUUUGAUGGAGCCUUAUUACCUGUUCCGACAACGAUUCUUGGGUACCGACUGCCCCAAUCACAAGUCCGACCCAGCCUUCUACGCGUGUUGCCACCCUCUCCCUCAAGGCGCCACGGCCGAUCCGAGCUGCUUCUACUGGCCACAAGAUGACGACCCAUGUGAAGAAGGGGACAAGGACUGUUAUUGCGAUGAAGACGAAGGGGAUGUAGCGUAG